AUAAAUAUGGGGCGUGGUACGGGUGUGUCGGUAUGUACAUACACGCUAUUGGGUAUUUUCUGCCCGCCCGCUCGCCCUAUGGAAUGCCAGUGAAUGCCUCCGACGCCUCCCAAGGUCGACAUUGGAACCCCCCUCCGAGCUGCUCCACCAUUACCGCAUCACACAAGCUGACGAGGGGUGACAAGGCACACAGGGCACCCAGGGCACACACUGCCAUCGGUCCAGCUCUGAGUUUGCCACUAUGCCUACACUUACGAUUACGGAACUACCUUGCGAGGUAAUGGCCGCGAUCCUGCGCAACCUCGACAACCUGCGGUCCUUGACCCCGGCUCUGCUGACCUGCCGGCAUUUCUACACCUCGUUCAAACAGUAUCAUGGAAUCGAACCGGCGAUUGUACGCAACCAGGUCACCCCCGCCCUACUCCCGUACUCGGUUGCACUACUGGAUGCUUCAAAUUGGCCACGUUCGCUCGCCGGCGGCUUGCUGGACACGCUCUAUAACGAGCCGGCCCAGCUCUCCGCUCGGGUGUCAUCCAUGCCGGUGAGCACCCUGCAGCAGAUGGCUCGCUCGCACGAGUUGAUUCGUAAACUGUCCACCCUCUUUGCCACGGAGGCAUGGGGCCAUCUCUCGCCGGGGAACCGCGACGACGACAGCAUCUCCCUCUCGCCCACUGAGGAUUCUCGCUUCUGCCGCACUUUCUAUCGACUCGAGCUGUUCUACCGGCUCUUUCGCACCGAAUCAGGGGUUCUCGAUCCUGAUUUUGAGGAGAGAACAAAGUCCUGGUUCUUCUCAAGACACCCGCCGUGGGAGAAUGAGCAGAUCGGUUGCGCCCACGAGUUCCUCGAGGCAAAAUUACGUCAAGCCUCGCGGGAUGUCGUUGCCCACGACAUUUUCUUCGGGGAAAUCGAUAUCGAUUAUGUGAGCACUGGGCGAGAUAAUAACUGGAAUCAACUUUGGGUGAGCGCCCUUGUUCAUAUUCCUUACAAUACUGCCAUCGUCCUGCCAGAUGCUGAUCGAUGUCUCGCUGGCACCAAACCCCAGCUGUCUCAAGGCUUGGAAUUCAUUGACAAACUCAUGAAUGCGGAUUCGUACGAAGCCAAACGGAGCUUGUUGUCGUCCACCUUCGCCAAAGCCUCGGCGUCUUUUCCCCUGGCGGCGGACUGGUUGACUGAGACCGACGGUGACUGGGACGAGUCAGUGGGGGACUAUGACCAGGAGGAGUUACUGCCGGCGGCGUCGGCCUGGGUCGGUUCUAAUUUAGAUAGGGGACCCUAUGAAGCUUGGCGCGCCGCCCAUCUUGGUAUGCCCCCGGUGGUGUCCGUCAUGCUCGACAAUAAUGCCUGGCUUCGGGAGCGCGCCUACGUGUUAUGGGAUUGGGGCCGGAUGCAAAGGAUUGACUUGCUGGCUGUAAUUAAAGCUGGCCCGUCAAAGGACCCAAGCAGCAGCUGGGAUGGGGAGGAAUAUGACAUGAUGUUGAAGUCAUUCGAGGAACGCUCGAAGCUCUGGCGGCAAGGUAUGACCGGGUACUGGAACGGAGGAGAAGAUGCGGCCAAGGAAGGAAAGCCCGAUGAAUGAUAGAAAGAAUGGCAACCAUGAUUACUGCGAAUC